CGGAGGCCUGGCACCGCUGACCAUGGCUCCUUCCCAGCUCCCGCUGGCGCUUGGCCUGGCCCUGCUCGCCGCCUGCGUCCUGGCGCUGUCCGGCCCUGGGGAGCGGCGCGAGCAUCUGGUGGGGGGGCGCCAGGAGCUGUCCCCCGACGACCCGCAGGUGCAGAAGGUGGCCGAUGCGGCUGUGGCCAGCUACAACAUGGGUAGCAACAGCGCCCUGUACUAUCGGGGCACCAACGUCCUCAGGGCGGAGAGCCAGUUGGUGGCCGGCAUCAAGUACUUCCUGACAGUGGACAUGGGGAGCACUUCCUGCCGGAAAACAGCCAUGACUGGGGACCGCAGCGUGGACCUCACCACAUGCCCAUUGGCCGCAGACGGGGAGCAGGAGAAGCUUCGCUGCGACUUUGAGAUCCUCGUGGUCCCCUGGAAGAACAGCUCCCAGCUCAUCAAGCAGGACUGUGUCUCCCUGUAGUCCAGUCAUCUGGAGUGGGGAGCGGGGUGCAGGGUGCUGGGUUCGGGGCUUGGGGCUCGGAGCUCAGGUGCUGGAACCUCCGGGCCACAGCUGUCACAAUAAACUGCUAGCACUGCUUA